AUGCUCCUAUACCAGUUACUUGUUAAGUACUUGUUACGGCCUGUUAGUCCCCGUAUGGCAAGCAGCAAUAUGACAGGUCAACCUAACUUCUGCAAGGAUUGGCACAGGAUUGUGUCGUACCAGAUCCAAUCGUUUGUCCUCCAGACUCCGUACGGUGCGGUGUGGGGCCUUCGGAGGCGCUACUAUGGGUCUAUCGACAAGAAUAACAAAGCUUUAGUGAAGAACAUCACGAUCUUCGAUAUGGAUGGCAUUGGCUGGCAAUGGUUCGAUAAGAGUACCGGUGAAGCUGGUUACACCACCGUGAUUGCGCCGGACAGCAAGUGCUGCUGGGACACCUUCAGCGACCAGUUCGCAGCGCGCAACUACACCAUCACGGGCCCCUCGGGGACAACAGGACCAUGGGAUUACUACGGGCUGAGAUACGAGCGGGACGAGCUGUGCGAGAAGUCACCGCCGUACAUGCCCAGGGCGACGGGCCCCAGGCCGCCAAUGCCGCCGGCUGCACCGAAACCACCAGACGCCCCAAAUGCGCCACCAACCACUUCAGCUCCGCCCUCUCCACGGCCCCCAUCUCCACCACCCCCUUCCCCCCCCCCCACACCACCAUCACCUCCACCCCCUGCCAUCGUCUGUUCUCUUGAAGCAAGCCAAGUCAGCUUUGCUGUAUCCACAAUCUCUCGGGGACCCUUUUACAUCGCCAUCUCGGUCCUCGGGCAGCCUUCAAAACUCUAUUGUAAGGCCUGUGGCUGCGGUAUCAUGUACAAUGUGCUCGCACAUGGGACAUCCUUGCUCUAUACCUCAACUUCCUCAGGGCCCGAAACUCAGGGUAGCUACGGUGUUACUGGUGGCAAUUAUGACGUAUAUGCUGGCCUGGCCAAGGGCAGUCCCACUACCACCAGUGGCAGCAGCAGCGAGACUAUCACUACUGGGAGCCGCAUGCUUGGCAUUGGUGAUAGGAUCAGCGGGGAUGAGCCAAACAAUUUAGCACGUUCGUUUUCGGCGCUGGUUUCGCCCUGGCGCCAUCAGCAACAAGAGUCGUCGCCUGGUAGCUAG